CAAAAAGUUCUAGCACUCCCAUAUCAACAAACCCUUUAAACAAUGGAUAUAAUACAAAUAAUUGCUAUCUAUACGAGCAUAUUUUUCACUAAAAAAAAAAAAGCUUGGGGAAUAAGGUUAUAUUUUGGGAAAAGAAUCCUUUUAUCCUAAUCCAAUCUAAUAAUAGUCAAGUUUAAUUGUAAGUUGAAUCCAUGCAAUUUCGCUCCAGGAUCGAAUCCAGAGAAUUUACGCAUUCAAAUUGCAUAUUACGUUUUAAAUCUAUUUCUAGAGACCCAAACUUUUGUUGUUUGCUCCCGAAGCAUAAAAAUUUAGUAGCUUUCACCAGCAAAUGCGGUUGAUUCCAUGGAUAAAGCGCUUAACAUCUCUUAUAUUAACCUGUCAAGAUAAAGAAUCCCUAGCUAAGAUCCACGCUCUUGUGAUCUUGACUGGUCUCCGUGGAAACUCCAACGCACUGCUCAUAAAAUCUUAUGCACGCAUUGCUGAUACAGUGGAAGCUCGCCGAGUGUUUGAUAAAAUGCCUCAACGAGGUGUAGAUGUGUGGAAUGCCAUGAUCAUUGUUUAUUCUCGAGAACAAAACCCUGAUGAAGUCGUAAGGUUACAUCGUCUGAUGAUCGCCGAAGGUGUUAGGCCAGAUAGCUCUAGUUUCACGGUCGCUCUUAAGGCGUGUGCGGGCUUGUUGGACCUUAGAUCAGGCGAAGAAAUUUGGUUUAAAGCCAUAGAAUAUGGCUACAAGUAUGAUGCUUUUGUGGGUUCUUCUGCUUUGAACUUGUAUGCAAAGUGUGGGAGAAUAGAUGAAGCUGCGAGCUUGUUCGAUAAAAUGCCAAAAAGGGAUCUUGUUUGUUGGACAUCCAUGAUAACUGGGUUUGUCCGAAGUGGGCAGCCAUUAAAAGCCGUUGAUAUUUAUAGGCGAAUGCUAAAGGAGGGUGUGGAAGCUGAUGGGGUUGUCAUGUUGGGGUUGAUACAGGCUUGUGCAAGCCUUGGCGAAUCAAAAGUGGGGCUUUCUAUUCACGGACAUUUGAUUAGGAGAGACCAGCAUUUGGAUGUAGUACUUCAGACUAGCCUUGUUGAUAUGUAUGCUAAGUUUGGAAAGUUGAAUUUUGCUUGUUGGUUAUUUAAAAGGAUGACUUAUAAGAAUGUCAUCUCUUGGGGUGCUUUGAUUUCUGGUUAUGCUCAAAAUGGUUUUGCAGUGAAUGCUCUGAAAAUGUUAGUAGAAAUGCAGAGUUGUGGUUUUAAACCAGAAUCAGUGUCUCUUGUGAGUGCACUUUUGGCUUGUUCUCAAGCUGGUUUUAUGAAAUUGGGUAAAUCCAUACAUGGGUAUAUUGUAAGAAGGCUUGAUUUUGAUCAAGUUUCAGGCACUGCUGUAAUUGACAUGUACUCAAAGUGUGGAUCUCUUUCUUAUGCUCGUGCUCUAUUUGAUAAGACAAAGACUAAAGACUUAAUAUUUUGGAAUGCAAUGAUUACCAGCUAUGGAAUUCAUGGACAGGGAAGAGAAGCUUUACUGCUCUUCCUCAAGAUGACAGAAAACUCAAAACCCGAUCACACAACUUUUGUUUCACUUCUCUCAGCCUUUAGUCACUCGGGUCUUGUGGAAGAAGGUCGAAAAUGGUUUCUGCUUAUGCAAAAUGAUUUCAAGAUUCAACCAGGGGAAAAACAUUAUCUUUGUAUGGUUGAUCUUUUAGCUCGUGCAGGGCAAGUCGAAGAGGCUUAUCAGCUAAUAUCUUCCAUGGAUACCGAACCUGGGCUCCCCAUAUGGGUUGCUCUCCUUGCAGGUUGUUACAAUCAUGGGAAGUUGUCAGUUGGAGAAAUUGCUGCAAAGAAUAUACUUGAGUUAAACCCAGAUGACUUGGGAGUUUAUGCUUUAAUCUCAAACUUCUAUGCCAAGGAAAAAAAGUGGAAUGAAGUAGCUGAUCUGAAAAACAUCAUGAAACAUUCUGGAAUAAAGAAAAUACCUGGCUAUAGUGCCGUGGAAGUGAAUGGAAACUUUCAUUAUUUUCUGAUGGAAGAUAAUAGCCAUUAUCAACAUGAAGCUAUUCUUCAUUUUUUGGAUAAGUUGGAUCAUGAGAUGAGAAUUAUGAAAUAUAUGCCAGAAGCUGAACUUUUGUGGCAUAAUUUUGAACUACACCAAGAAUCUUGACAGAGAGAUUGGUCAAAAUUACUACAAAACCAGCUCGCCUCUGACCGAGAUUUGACAUGUAGCAAAGUUGACACCGGCCUUUGUGGGCUCGUGACUUUGAAGAAUGAAACCAUCUAGAGACGUGUCAAGCUUAAGCCAAAAGUCAAAUGUGUGCUUCCUCUGGUUAGAGCCAUGGAACUUGACAGCCAAGCCAAAUUUUCUCACCUUGUUCAAAACAAGACAAGUCAAGGUCUAGACCAUGAAGACUUCAUUGGAGCUAAUACUCCAUUGGCAUGAUCAUAUCAACUAUUAGAACAAACGAGUUUCAAUAACAUGGGAUGUUUCAGGUUCAAGAAUCAAGAACACAUUCUCAUAUUUCUUCCUUGAAUUGUUUAUGAGUUCAAUAUUCUCCUCAUUAUCAGGCAAGUGUAUUCUCUUCCAAACUACUUU